CUAAACGCGUUUGCUUGGACCACUGGAUAAGCGCCGGCUGUGAGUGCAGUUUGCCAGUGUCGGUAUGAAAUACGUGAAGUUUUGGGUGACUGAUGGGAAACAGGGGACCGAAUCGAAGGCUUUUUUUAAGUGUCACGGCCCAUCCGAGACAUAAAGCGCGUGAUGGUUAUGAAUGAAAAGAGCCCCGGGGUCCGCUUGCCGCCCGUACUCGUGUGCGCCCCCUGGUGGCGGGUGACCAUGUCGUUCCCGAACUAGGAAGAGGAAACCGACGCAUGAAAGGAGGAUACCUGCUUCCAUGUCAGCUCUGCGGACGUAUAUACCGACGAAAUAAAGCUACCCGGCAGAUCGAAGGCAGACUACACACUGCGGACAAGAGCGGCGUCUGAGUAAACCCUAAAGCUUUUCUUAGCAGAACAUGGCAGACGGGGGGGAUUUAGACGGAGACGACGAUCCGCCUAAUAUCGGCAAUCCAGUGGUGACGGUUUCGGAUAUGUCCGGCACCUCGCCCGCAGGCCGUAAUUUGAAGGAGUGGCUGCAGGAGCAGUACUGUGACAAGCCGCUGGAGCAGUGUGAUGACAUGCGGCUGCACAACGCUGCCUACGUGGGCGACCUGGACACGCUGCGCAGCCUGCUGCAGGAGGACAGCUUUAAACGUGCCACUGCACCGACCACAUACAGGCGCAUCAAUGAGAAAUCGGUUUGGUGCUGCGGCUGGCUCCCAUGCACCCCACUGCGCAUCGCUGCCACGGCAGGUCACAGCGACUGCGUGGCCUUCCUCAUCAGCCAGGGUGCUGAGGUGGACCUGGUUGACGUCAAGGGCCAAACUGCACUCUACGUGGCCGUAGUCAAUGGGCACCUGGACUGCGUGCGAAUCUUGCUGGAGGCAAGCGCGGACCCUAACGGCAGCCGGCACCACCGCAGCACACCUGUUUACCACGCGUCACGGGUGGGCAGGGUGGACAUCCUCAAGGAGCUCAUCAGGUUUGAUGCAGAUGUGGACGUGGACCACCAGCUGGGGCCGCGGCCCCUGUUCAGUGCGCGCACGCUGUCCUCGCUGGUGGUGUGCCCGCUGUACAUCAGCGCCGCCUAUCAUCACCUGGGCUGCUUCCGUGUGCUGCUGCAGGCCGGCGCCGACCCCGACUACAACUACACAGGCCCGGUGUGCCGUGAGGCAUUGCAGCGGGGCCUCGCCGCCUGCCUGCUGGACGCUGUGCUGCGGCACGGUUGCGAGCCUGCCUUCGUUCGGCUGCUGCUGGAGCACGGCGCCAACCCCAACCUGGUGCCCUGGGACGAGCAUCCUGGCUUAGACGCCGUGGGGCGCGUCAGGCUCAGGAUGGAGCCCGAGGCGUUACGGCUUUACCAGGAGGCUCGCAGGAUCCCUCGGCGGCUGACCCAUCUCUGCCGCAUCUGUGUCCGCCGGGCACUCGGAAAAUGUCACCUGGGGGCCAUCCCGUCCCUCCCCCUGCCUGAUACUAUCAAGCUCUUCCUGCUGCAUGAGGAUCGCUGACCUCUGACUAUGGAGCAUGGAGGGGGGGUGUUGGCAUCUCUCUUUCAGAGGAACCCCCCUGUUUUUCCACUCACCCCCGCCCCCAGCCUGGCGGCUGUGAGGUUUGGCUUCAAGCACACAAAUGGGUGGGAUUUAUCUUUGGGAAACGAGCUUCCACACCUCCUACUGAUAGCAUGGGGGCUGCUGCACUGGGGACUGGACUGAGAGCAAUUGUGGUGGGGGCUUGGACCCAUCACGGCUUCCAAAUUGCAGAGCUGCCACCAUUUACGGGGCAUCAAGGGUGCUGUGCCGAUGCAGACUGUCAGACAUGCCAUCCAGUAGUGCGUUAGCAUCACUCUAGGCCCCCUAGCCAUCACUGGUAGGUGCUCUGUAAGCCCUACCCCUUUGCUGUUGGUCACUGUACAGUGUUGAUGUAUGGUCUUUUCGUGGUGCCUUUUUACCUUGUGGACGUGGCUUAUUGGCAUCAGUCUGAGUCUUGACAAUCUCACUCUCUGCGUCUGUGUGACGGUAAUAAACUCUCCCCUCCCUGGU